AUGCUUGUUGCAUGUGGUGUAGCCACCUCUUUGCCGCCUUAUGAGUCACCGGAAAUGGGGCGGUGCCGCCCUAUCAGAGCAGGGUGGUCUGCACACAAUCGUUUUUUUGAGUAUUCAAGAACAAGAAUGAAGAUGAAAAUCCAGUCGUUCAAGCCAUCGGCGAUCUUCUCUGCCGGCGUCUCCUUUCUCCGUCUCCGAUCAGGUUUAGAAUUGUUUGCAUCUACCAUCAAAUUGGUGGAGUGUUGCAUAUUCUAUAUGGAAAAAGUUGAUGAAGAUGCUAACCUUGAGUUUAAGUGGCUUAUAAAGAAAGGCCGUGGUGGUAAAAAUAAAGAGGUUCAAUUUUAUGGAUCUUUCAUAUACGACGGAGUGAAGUAUGUGUUAUAUGAUUGUGUGUAUAUGUACAAGGAAGGUUUACGAGAACCUUAUAUUGGCAAGUUGACAAAAAUAUGGGAGAAUGCUGAUAAGUCAAAGAAAGUUAAAGUCCAUUGGUUUUUUCGCCCGGAAGAGAUCUCCAAGUGGCUUGGAGAUACAAAGACUCUCGAGAAUGAAAUUCUUUUUGCCUCCGGUGAAGGUGUUGGUCUAACCAACAUUAGUCCUUUGGAAGCCAUUGCUGGUAAAUGCAAUGUUGUUUGUGUGUCAAAGGACUCGAGGAAUCCUCAACCUUCAGAUGAACAACUUAAAGCAGCAGACUUCAUCUUUUAUCGUACUUUUGAUGUUGAAAGCUGUACGAUAUUGGAUAACAUGGAUGAAAAAAUUGGUGGGAUUGAAAUUAAACACAUAUUUAACAGAAGGGAGGAUGAAAGCAUCAGCACUCUCCCUGAAACUACUACUACUACUACCUCUACUGACAACACCAUUACCAUUACUACUUCUACUAGUAGUGAACCAAAGCAGCUGCUUUUAACAAAAACCCUGCCUAACAGUAACAACCUUAAAGAUGAUGAUGCUCAAGACAAAAAUAUUCCAAUUUUGGCAGCUGAAAUAACAUCUGUAGCUCUUUUAGAAAAAACAAAUCCCAAAAUAGAUGAAAAAGCUGAUAAGCAUGCGAUGGAAGCUAACAAGAGAAAGAAGAGUUCUACUACAGGAUCUGAUAAAUUACAUGAGCAGCCCUCGAAGAAAAUGAAACUUGAUGAUAAAAACCUUCCCAAGGAAAAACAGGUUGAAGUAGUAGAAGUUGAUCGGGAUUCUGUGGGAUUGAAGGAUGUGAUUGUGAUGCCCUCCAAGAAAUCCAAGGUUGACAAUAAUGUGAGGACAGGUGGCAAAAAUUCAGAAAUAGGUAAAACUGAUACUUCUGUUGUUAAAACUGACAAGGAUAAUAUGAAGUCAAGUAAAGAUAAAGAUGAGACAAAAGUGAGUAAAGUCUCUACUGUGGAUAAGGAGAGAAAAAAGACUCCAAUGGAAUCAGAUAAAUUAGAUGAUCGACCCUUAAAGAAAAUGAAGUCUAAAGUUGCCAAUGAAAAACAAAAACAGGUUGAGGUUGAAGGUGAAAAGAUUGAGAAAUUGACGGAUUUGUCCUCCAAGAAAUCUAAAGUUGAAGAUAAGUCAGCACCCAAUGAAAAACAAAAACAGGUUGAGGUUGAAGGUGAAAAGAUUGAGAAAUUGACGGAUUUGCCCUCCAAGAAAUCAAAAGAUGAAGUCAAGUCACCUCGCAAUGUGAAUAAUUUGGGAACAUCAGGCACACAAGAAGAAAAAGCAAACGGAAAGAAUAAUUAUAAUAAGGGAAAGAUUUCAGAUGAAUUGGAAGGCAGGAGAUUGAAAAAAACAAAGGCUGAAGGUUCUUUUAAGAUACCAGAUAAUAAGAAAAACAGCAGCUCUACCAUUAAUUCCAAUGGGAAGAAUUUGUUAGUAGCAAGUGAAGGAAAAUCAAAAUCUGUUGUUGUUAAUAAUAAUAAUAAAGAGAAUCAAUCUGAAUCCAAUGAGAGCAAAAAGAAGCUUUCCAUGAGCCAAUCACCCAAGGACAUGUACAAGGAAUUUGUUGUUGGUCCAAAACCAAAUGCUGAUGAAAGCGGUUGGUUUGAGCGACUUCCUUGGGAGCAAAGUUUAAAGAGUGCAUAUGAUCAAGGAUCAGCCAUACUGCUUCAUAAUGUUGAUCCAGACUAUACUUCAGGAGAAGUUGAGGAUCUAGUUUGGCAUGCUUUUACUGAAAAUUGUGAAGCCAAGAUUCUACCACACUCUGUAAUAUCUAGUCCACACUGUUAUCAAGCUCUUGUUCUACUCAAGACAAAGGAAGCAGCACAAAGGGUCCUUGCAAAACUGGAUGAAGACUGCUUGAUGUUAUCAAAUGGGAGGCCUCUUGUUGGUACCCCUUGUCCUCCUAUCAUACCAAGAAAAACUUGCAAGUUUUUUGGCCAUCUUUCUAUUGAUAGGAUUAAAAUCAAUCAACGUGAGAUGGAAGAAGCAGUAUCCACGUCACAUUUUUCACAACCAAAUACUAUUGAAUAUGACAUGGCCAUGGAGUGGUUUUUAAUGCAAUCAAAGUCCAUAAAAUGGUGGGAGAUGAUUCACAAGCUUCAAGGAAAUGAGUUUAGAAAUAGUUUUGAGGAAAAAAUUAGGGUUUGUACAGCACCACCUUGAAGGAAGGAGCCACGGAUGAUGGUAAUUCCCAGAUGAUAGCUGGUGGUAACAUGUAUUUUGAUGGAUCCUUAUUGAAUCCUCUUGGUUUUUGUGGGAUCCAAAAAUGGUAUCUACCAUUUUUUCUUUUUAUCUCUAUAUUUACUUUUUGUUUUUACCUUUAUUUAACAUCCUUCACCAAAAUGGUCA